UUUAAGCUGAACUUCCUGUGAAACGACUGAAACCGUUAAUUAACAGCCGUCAAGAAACAAUCCGCCUCCCCAACGACCCAUACACAGAAGAGGGAAAACAGCAAGAACUGCCUAGAGAUAGAAAGAGAGAGACAAAGUUGGUCUGAUCAAGAAAAGCCGAGGAAAGAAACAUGGGAAUACCCGAACCCGGCAGUUAUAUGCCGCUGAAAGAUCUUAAAAUGGAAAUUAAGGACGGUGAAGGAAGAGGAGCAAAUGGAGGUUUUACUCUGUCUUUCUGGCUUUACCUAAACUGCGCCACUCCUCUCCCCUCCACGGUUCUUCUUCAGAAGCACCCAGAUAAUGCUUUCAGUGCUCCGUUCCUUAUAUUAGAUGAAUGGAAUGGAAUAAUGCUUUUUCCAUUGUUUUUCCUUCACCAAGAGGCUUCAAGCCCUUCUAAUGCUCUUUGUUGGAAGCCUAUUCCUAGUGCAUCAAACAAGAGUAGAUUCCCUUUGAUGAAGUGGGUUCAUAUUGAUUGUGAGAUCUCACAAGUUUCUCUGAGACUUCACAUUGACGGGGAGAUUGUUGGAGAGAGACAGUUGUUGACUUCUUCACCCAUUAACAGUGGUUCGCAUUCUGAUGUCUCGGAAAUGGUAUCCCACUGUUGCAUACAGGGGAAUGAUGGUGGGCUGCAAGGAUACGUGUAUGGCGUAGAACUCUUCAGCCAAUUGUCUUCUAUUCAAAACCAUUCCUUUAAGGACAGCCCGCUACAACUAUCCAUUGAUAGUUCUAGUGCCUGUGAAAUUGACGAAGGCGUUGAUGGUGUUUGGAACAUUGUUGGCGGAAAGGCAUCCUGUCGCAAGAAGUUUUCGCUAGACGUGAUGCUACUUGAUGCUCUUGGAAGGCCAGUAAACAAAGAAGUGGAGGUGGCUGCUACACUUGUGUAUGCCGAUACUAUCACACCUGUGGAGAAAUCAUCUGACGCUGAAGCUCCACUCCUCACAAUGUAUGACGGAGUCGAAUCUGCUUCAGCUGAGAGGCCGAGCAAGCUGAUUCAGGGGCGUGCUUCCUUUAAGCUUAAAAUAUCUCAGCUCUCUUCCAAGUGUAGUAAUAGGCUCUUCCGCAUUAAGUUUGAUGUUCAAAAGAUGGGAAGAUUUCCUUUCCUUGAGGCCUUCUCCGUGCCAAUUCGCUGUGUGUCUAGGAAUCGUCCCGCAAGGUCAUCCUCUGUUACAUGGAGAAAGUCACCACCUUCUAUCCAUUCAUUUAAUAGACCUCAAUCUCCUGGCUUGGAUGCUGGAUCAUCUGACGUUCUCUAUAAUAUCAUUCAUGAAGCAAAGCAGAGUCCUUCAUCGAAACGGGUCAAAUUAGGGCAAGAGAGAUCACUCCCAGUUUUGAUGGGUGGUUGUAUGUUGAAGGAAGCUGAUUUGGAUUCUAAAUCUCAUGCCCGCACUACUACUAAUGAGGACAAUGCUGCUGCAUGUACGAAUGCUGUUCUGGAGAGGGCAGAUAGUCAUGAUGAUGAAGUAGAGGACUUCUCAUCUGAUUCAGAGAACAGUGAAGCAGCAGACUCAGUUCCAUGCAAAUUUUCUGCCCACAUAGGUCCAAUUUCGGAUCUGGUUAUUUUCAGAUAUUGCAUUGGUGGCCUCAGUGAGAGGUGUCUUCUGCUCAAGGAAAUUGCAUUGUCUUAUGAAGAAGAAGCACUUUGUAGCUUUUCCGAGCAGGUCUCUUUGUUCACCGGAUGUACUCAUCACAGGCAUCAAAUAUUAAUCUCCAAGAGGCUAAUUGACAUUGGCAUCAAGUGUUGGAACUUGAUAUCAAAAAAUAGCCAAAAUGUCCUCUGGGAGGAUCUGGUAUCUGAGCUUCAGGACCAUUUCAUGACGUUAACAUUCUGCAGAACAAGAUGCUUAACAAAACAGGAUUUCGAGGUCUUAAGGAGAGUAGCUGGUUGUCAAGACACAACAGUCUCCCAAGAAAACUUUGAAAAGAUGUGGUGCUGGUUGUACCCCGUAGCUUUUACAUUGUCCCAGAAACAGAUAAACCCAUUGUGGAGCUCCCUGUCUCCCAAAUGGAUAGAAGGAUUCAUCACAAAGGAAGAAGCUGAGUCUUCCCUUCAACAAGAAGGCCCUGGAGGAGGUCUUAUGCCCCCGGGCACUUUCAUAUUGAGGUUUCCUAUAUCAAGGAGCUGGCCCCACCCAGAUGCCGGCACUCUACUCGUCACUUAUGUUGGUACUGACUAUACCAUUCACCACCGGAUCUUGUCUCAUGAUUAUGCCUACAGUAGUACAAAAGAAAUGAUGGAUAGACCUAUACAAGAAAUGCUGCUUGAUGAACCCGAAUUGUCCCGGUUGGGAAGGUCGGUAAGAAGGCAAUAGUUGGUCAAAAAUAAAUUUGGUGUAUAUAUAGCUGUCACAAGGAACCGAGGGGAUUAUGUCUACAUACAGAAUUCUUCUUAUGUCAUCCUCUCCAGUUGUGGCUUUAGUUAGGAGUGAAAAUUUGGGCGACAAGUGUGGCCAGAUUGGAAGAGGGAAGUUAAAGCAGAUUCAUUGUCUAUCUUUUGGCUCUAAGGGUGACAAUUUUUUUCAUAUAUAUAUAUAUAUACAUAUAUACAUACACAUCGGCACAAGAGGGAUUCUCUCUUCGAGUUCAUAUGAAUGAAAGUGGAUCUUGCUUAUAAAAAUGGACCACAUGUUUAUGAGGUGCCUCCAUCUUGCUCAACCCCCUUGCGAACGAUAUUACUGUGAGCAUGACGUUGGCCUGUUCAUUAUAUUUUCAACCUCGAAUCCCCUAUACUCUAUAAAUAUAUUGACACUACCCUCAUCCUUUCCACCUCUCUUGUUGCUUCCCAAACGCGAUAUGUAUGGCACACCCGGAUAUACCAUCCUCAUUGUACAAGCAAUGACAAUUUUGAAAUUUCUAAAAACUUCAGGGUUAACCAGUAA